AUGGACACUGGCGGCGCUGGGCUGGGCUGCCUUCUGGCCGGCCUGGCCUUCCUGCUCACAGGGGCUGGUGGCUCUGAUGCGGAGCAUCGCCUGUUUGACCGGCUGUUUGAGGGCUAUAAUGAGAUCAUCCGGCCAGUGGCCAAUGUGUCUGACCCAGUCAUCAUCCAUUUUGAGGUGUCCAUGUCCCAGCUGGUAAAAGUGGAUGAAGUUAACCAAAUCAUGGAGACCAACCUCUGGCUGAAACACAUCUGGAAUGAUUACAAACUGAAGUGGAAUCCGGCUGACUACGAUGGGGCUGAGUUCAUGCGUGUGCCCUCUCAGAAAAUAUGGAAGCCUGACAUCGUGCUGUAUAAUAAUGCAGUUGGGGAUUUCCAGGUUGAUGACAAGAGCAAGGCGCUGUUGAAAUACACAGGAGAAGUCACCUGGAUGCCUCCCGCCAUCUUUAAGAGUUCAUGCAAAAUAGAUGUGACUUACUUCCCAUUUGACUACCAAAACUGCACCAUGAAGUUUGGCUCCUGGUCCUAUGAUAAAGCUAAAAUCGACUUGGUCCUGAUUGGCUCCUCUAUGAACCUCAAAGACUACUGGGAAAGUGGCGAGUGGGCCAUUAUCAACGCCCCUGGGUACAAACAUGACAUCAAGUACAACUGCUGUGAAGAGAUUUAUCCUGACAUCACUUACUCUCUCUACAUUAGGCGCCUGCCUUUGUUUUAUACCAUCAACAUGAUCAUUCCCUGCCUGCUGAUUUCUUUUCUGACAGUUCUGGUGUUCUAUCUGCCUUCUGACUGUGGGGAGAAAGUGACCCUCUGCACCUCGGUCCUCCUGUCCUUGACCGUGUUCCUCUUGGUGAUCACUGAAACCAUCCCUUCCACGUCUCUGGUCAUCCCCCUGAUCGGAGAGUACCUUCUGUUCACCAUGAUUUUUGUUACCCUCUCUAUUGUCAUCACUGUCUUUGUUCUCAAUGUGCACUACCGCACGCCCAAGACUCAUACGAUGCCCCAAUGGGUGAAGACCAUAUUCCUGAACUGGCUGCCCAAAAUCAUGUUCAUGGCCAGACCCGCGAGCAGCGAGGAGGCUUGCCAGAAGUCCAGGCCGUUCUCCAGUGCCGAGCUCUCCAACCUCAACUGCUUCAGGGGCACAGAGGCAAAGUGCUGCAAGGGAGGCUCCACUUGCCAAGAUGGGACGUGUGGCGUCUGCCGCCACCAAAGGGUCAAGCUCUCCAACCUGAGCUCCAACCUCCCAAGGAGUUCCAGCUCAGAAUCUGUGGAUGCCAUGCUCUCCUUCUCGGUUCUGUCCCCAGAAAUGAAAGAUGCGAUUGAGAGCGUCAAAUACAUUGCUGAAAAUAUGAAGGCACAGAAUGAGGCCAAGGAGAUUCAAGAUGAUUGGAAAUACGUUGCCAUGGUCAUCGACCGCAUUUUCCUGUGGGUUUUCAUUUUGGUUUGUAUUUUAGGAACAGCAGGGCUGUUCUUGCAACCUCUGAUGACUGGAGAUGAAGUGUAG